GAACAUCACUUAAUAGCCAUUCACAUAUCUGUGCUGUCUAUUUGUUUUUGCAGCAACUAUCAACAGAUCCAGCAUCUGGGCUUUGCCGGUCACGAAAUUGCAACCGAGAGCGUAUCACAGCAGCUGGGACUCCAGGACAAGGGCUACGAGGAGUGGGUGGGCGAAAUGAUUGGCAUGCGUGAAAUUCUACGUCAUUUUGCGAAUGUGUCCGUGGACGAUGUGGUUGGCAUGCGUGCUCCUUUCCUCAAGCCUGGCCGUAACACGCAAUACAAGGUCUUGGAGGACUUUAACUAUGUCUAUGAUAGCUCGAUAACUGUGCCGCCAGUUCCAGUGCCCGUCUGGCCGUACACGCUGGACUAUAAGAUCUCGCACGAGUGCAAGAGCGGCACCUGUCCGUCGCGCACUUUUCCCGGCGUGUGGGAGGUGCCAUUGAAUACGCAUUACGUUGAGGGCUUCGAGGGCGGCCAUUGCCCGUACAUGGAUCAGUGUGUGCUCCACAAUCUGGACGAGAACGAGGUGUUCGAGUGGCUGCAGGAGGACUUUUCGCGUUACUACGAGCAGAAUAAAGCGCCAUAUAUGAUGCCCUUCCAUACCAACUGGUUCCAGACCAAGCCCCUGGAGAAUGGACUCCAUAAAUUCUUGGACUGGGCUCUCGAAUUACCCGACGUCUACAUCCUGACCAUCACCCAGAUGCUGCAAUACAUGACCGACCCCAAGGAGCUGCGCGACGUCAACCAGAUCGAUGCGUGGAAGUGUGACAAGAGCGUGGCCGUUGCGCCCAAGCCGUGCAACAUUUGGCAAACCUGCGCGCUGCCCUUCAAGAUACCCGAACAGAAUAUUACAGACACUCGCUACAUGGAGACGUGCCGCGAGUGCCCCAACGUUUAUCCCUGGCUGGGCGAUGCCGGCGGUACGGGCAUCUCGGGGCGUGACAAUUACAUCUACUCCGGCAAACAAAAUGAGGAGGACGACGAUGCCGAGCAGAGAAAGUAGAGCCGUUCGACAGCUCAUAUAUCUGAAAUGAUUCCUUCUCCCUCUCUGUCUCUCUCUCUCUCUCCCUCACUGUCUCUCUCUUUCCAACUAUCUAUUCACGCCAUUCCCAUAUGGUUUUCGUUCUAUUCUUAACUGUUUCAUAUCUCUUCCAAACUCUCCUUAUAAGCCAUGUUUUAAUUUCCAUCUUUAUUAUUGUUUUUUUUUUUUUUUUUCUAUCCCUUUACUUUUUGCUCUUCACUUCGACAACUUUUGUAGACUGUAAGCAAAACUGUAACAAAUUGUUCGUAGUUGUAAUAUAUAUAUUUUCUCUGUAUUAAUAAAUACAACCUUUUUUUUUAACAAAUUA